CGGAAGGAGGGGCCGCGGCGGCGAUCGCGCCGCCCGACCAUGGCGCCUGCGGCCGGGCGCGGGGCGCCGGGCCUGUGGCGCGCCUGCAACUGGUUCAUGGGCGCCUUCUUCGCGCUGGCGGCCUUCGUGCAGGUGAAUGAUCCCGAUGCGGAAGUGUGGAUGGUUGUGUAUACAAUUCCUGCCGGUCUGACCCUGCUUGUUGGACUUAACCCUCUUGUCACAGGUAACUUUAUUUGGAAGAGUGUCUCUGCAAUACACAUACUCUUCUGUAUCGUGUGGGCUGUUGGCUUGGCAUACAACCUCUUGCUUCAUACAAAACAGAACAUCUUACAUGAGGAAGAAGGCAGGGAGCUCUUUGGUCUGGUGAUUAUCACAGUAUGGCUGAGCCUGUGCCACAGCGCAUCAAAGAAUCCAGUUGGUGGAAGAAUUCAGCUGGCUAUUGCUAUCACAGUUGCUCUUUUCCCAUUUAUCUCAUGGGUCUAUGUAUAUAUAAACAAGGAGAUGCGGUCCUCCUGGCCAACUCACUGCAAGACAGUAAUUUAAAUGAAGAAUCCUGUUCUUAAAAUGAGAGUUUUCAAUUUUUUGUAAACAUGAUUGUAACAUGCCAGUUUCCUAGGAAUUUAUUUCAGGUAAUUUGAGUUAAUACUAGAGAUGAUUUUUUUAAAAAAUCCCAAGUUAGGCUGCCUACAACACAGGACUGGAAGGGACUAGUGAGAGAAGGAGUCUGGCAUUCUGGUGUGUCACAGUGUAGUAGAAAAGGCAAAACAAAAGUUAAGAAAUAUGAAUUCUAACUCAGCUACGUCACUAUCCAUAUGACUUGGGCAAAUGUACAAACCUCCCGUGGAUAAUUCUUUAUCUAUAAAAUAGGGUUACUACCAGACCUCCUACUUAUUUAUAUAGUUGUUAUAAGCGAGAAUAAUGUGAGAGCAUUCAAAAUAUACAGAGCUGACAAAGGGCUGCACCUGAUAACACAGAGGGAAGCAGGGUUUGGAUAAUGACAGAAAGAGUUCAAGAGAGGGCUGUACCCCUGAACUAACCUCAGUAUACUGAACUGGUACAGUGCCGUGAAUUAAAUGAGGACUCCAGAUGAACCAAGUGAACAAGCACGUCUUGGAAAGAAAGUUAGCUAGAGUAAAGGAAUGUGGGACCAAAAAGAAGGAGAGAGAGAAUACUACAUUUUAAAUGAAAAAUAAGACCAAAAUCUAUACACAUAUUUUUAAUGUCAAAAGUA